AACUUAGUCACGGAAGCAAUUCGUAUUUGACAAGAUGGCGCAUACACAAGGAGCUCAGAAACCAAUCCAGCAAGAUUGGGCUAAUAGAGAGUACAUAGAGGUUAUCACUGGCAGCAUAAAGAAGAUAUCGGACUUCCUCAAUUCUUUCGAUACAUCAUGCAGAUCAAGACUUGCUAACUUAAAUGAAAAGCUCACAGUUUUGGAGAAAAGGGUUGAAUACAUAGAGGCAAGAGUAACGAAAGGAGAAACAAGACCGUAGCCAAAAUUAACACUGAUGAUUUACUCAAAACUGAACUAUAAACAAGGAGCAUUAGAGCAAGAUAGCUCUGUUGAUCAGAAAUGAGAGAAUGCUGGCUUUCUUUUUGGUGUUCCAAAACAGAUGCUAGGCAGAGUCUAAGCUUUGAUGAGGAUGUUGAUUAAUUGAUUAUUCAAAUAUCAUAGGCCAUGUCUGUGAACAAAAUCUCUUCAUAUAUUUGAUUAUUCCUUGGACUUUUACCAGGGGUAAUCUUGUACUUUAGUAUACUUAACAUUAGACAGAUCUGAUCAAAAUCAAAGAAAUAGUACAGUAUGGACAAACAGAUCUGAAAGUAAUAGUUUUAAAAAAAAUGUUGAAGAAGACUUAAAUUUAGAUUGAAAUCCCUAACAAGGAGAUAGCAUCUGGUUGUCUGAAUAUUGUUUUGAUAUUCAUUAAUAUAUUUUUAGACAAAUUGAAGCAACAUAGAAAAAUUGAUUUGGACAAAUUCAGGUAACUCCUGAUUUAUUUGGAUACAACCGUGUAAUGGCCAUGUACCUGGGGGUAUGUGUACAUGCUCAUUUCCAAAUUAAGAUAUUCUAGAAGAGAUUAAUUGCCGACUCACUUGUCAUUUAAUACUGCAUCAUCUGUUCAUGUUAAUAAGGACAUGCACAGGUCUCGUACAUUGUUCUCACAUGCAAAGCCCCAUUGUUACUUUUAAACUGAUUGUAAAUGUGUUCCUCCCACUCAUUAUGGUGGUCCUAAUUUCUUGCUUUCAAAAAAUGAACAACUCAGAAUUCUGUUUUACAAGGAUGAGUUAUGUUUCCUAAUUCAAGAAAAAAUCAUUUUUGUAUAUUAAUUUUUGUUCCUUCUUAAACAGAAAUACAAAGGAAUGGAAUGUAGACUUUUCAUCAACCUUUCAUCUGAAUUAAGUUUGAAUGACAAAUAGGAGAAAAUAAUAUUUAGAAACCUUUUUAUUAUGAAAUUAUUUUUGGCAUGAUAAGUCUAUAGUAACUAAUCUGAGGUGAUCAUCAUAGCUUUAUAAUGAUGAACAUCAAUGAACCAUUUCCCUUAUAUCAUGUUCUUCAAUUGCAUAUUAUUUAUUGUAUAUAUUAUAAUUAUGUAUUUAUAGACAAUAGACAGUUGUGUUCUGAAUUUGAAGCCAUAGCUUAGUGAGGAUGUGUGAAUGUGUGUUGAUGAGAAACAGUCCAAAAUACCUAUACAUGUACAUAUGAAAUUAAUUCAAAAUGAUUCAUUCUUUAUUCUUUAGAUUUUUGAUAAUUGAGACAUAUUGCAGGAGUACAAGACUGCAGUAGAUAUAUCCAGCUCAUAGUAGUUAUUGAAUAGAAAAAAUCAAAUUAACAUACAUGGAAAAAUACCCCAGGUACCCGACACAAAAUGAUGUAAUUCUGUUGUACUGUAAUUGGAGUGAAAGGUUUUCUACUGUAGUAUACCAGGUAUAUGAAUAAACAAAGAUAAAUACAUAAAACA